AUGGGUGACCAACAACAGUCCACCACCGCCGGCUCCGUUCUCCGGCGAGUCGUGGCGCUCAUUUCUUCCCUGAUCACCCUCUCCCUCUCCAUCAGGGUCUUUGCUGGAAAGUGGCAACUCAUUCGGAUCAGGCUGGAGGAGCUCAACUCGGCACUCGUCGCCGGCGACGCCACUUCACUUUCCGGCGAGCUACCGGCGAUAACGGCUACGGUGGAGGAGUGCCACGAGCUGGCACGGCGGUGUGUGGAUCUGUCUUACAGCGGGAAGCUCUUGAUGCAGAGCGACUUGGACGUGACGUUGGGGAAGUUGGAAGCGCACGUGAAGAAGCUGUCUGAGAUAUUCAAGAAGCGAGUAUCGAUGCAUGGCUACGCUGUUGUGGUUUCAAGGCCUGGUUUUGGAGCUUGCAAAGAUGACAUGAGAUUCUACUUAAGGGACUUAAUGACUCGAAUGAAGGUUGGUGAUCUGGGUAUGCGGAAGCAAGCAUUGAUGAACCUGCAUGAUGUUGUUGUGGAGGAUGAUAAGUAUGUGAAAUUGGUUGUUGAAGUUUCUGAGUUUGUUCACGUGUUGGUGGAUUUUCUGGGUUGUAACGAGGUUGAGGUUGUUGAAGAGGCUGCCAAGGUUGUUUCUGUGGUUGCGGGGUUUGAUUCUUAUAAAGGGGUUUUGGUUGGUGCUGGGGUUAUUGCGCCAUUGAUUCGGAUUUUGGAAUGUGGGAGUGAAGUGGGAAAGGUUGGUGCUGCAAGGUGUUUGCAUAGGUUGACUGAGAAUUCGGAUAAUGCGUGGUGUGUUUCGGCUCAUGGGGGUGUCACUGUCUUGUUGAGGAUUUGUGAGAGUGUAGAGUGUAAAGGGGAAUUGGUUAGUCCUGCUUGUGGGGUGUUGGGGAAUCUUUGUGGGGUUGAGGAAAUCAAGAGGUUUAUGGUUGAGGAGGGCGUUGUUUCCACGUUUGUGAAGCUUGUGAGGUCUAAGAAUGAAGCAAUUCAGGUUAGUUCUGUUGAGUUGAUUCAAAACAUCGCCUCUGGUGAUGAGUUGGUUAGGCAGAUGGUGGUUAGGGAGGGAGGGGUUCGUGUUCUUUUGCGUGUUUUGGAUCCAAAGUGGACGUGCUCAUCUAAAACAAGAGAGGUUGUGAUGAGGGCUAUUCAGAAUUUGUGUUUUUCUUCGUCUAGUUGUGUUACUCUUUUGCUGAGUCAUGGCUUUGUGGAUCAGUUGAUGUAUUAUAUUCGAAGUGGGGAGGUAUCGAUUCAGGAGUUGGGGCUGAAGGUAGCGUUUAGAUUGUGUGAAGCAUCGGAUGAGGCCAAGAAGGCAUUAGGUGAUGCCGGCUUCAUGGCUGAGCUGGUGAAGUUUCUAAAUGCGAAAUCGUUCGAAGUUCGUGAAAUGGCAGCAGAGGCACUCUCUGGCAUGGUGAUGGUGGCUAAAAAUAGGAAGAGGUUUGUGCAGGAUGACCAAAACAUUGCCCUUCUUCUGCAAUUGCUGGAUCCAGGGGAGGGAAAUUCUGGUAAUAAAACGUUGUUGAUCUCUAUCUUGAUGUCACUAACAAGUUGCAACAGUGGGAGGAAAAAAAUCGUGAGUUCCGGGUAUGCCAAAAACAUAGAGAGGCUUGCAGAAGCUGAGGUUUCUUCUGAUGCCAAGAGGCUCGUCAGGAAGCUAUCCACAAACCGGUUCCGCAGUAUGUUGAGUGGAAUCUGGCACUCUUGA